AGCGAAUCCAUUCGAGGGAGUCUGUGGCUCAUGAUCUGUCCAAUUGUUGGCCGUGUCUAUCCUCAAGACGGACAUUCCAAAGGCAAAGGUUUCUUGGCUCGCGUGGCAGGCGAUGCAGGGCAUUCGAGCUGUAGACUCUUCUUAAGAAGCUGCCGGUAGGUCGCAUCGACAAGAGGAGCGCUCAAUCUCUCGCCAGGUGACUUACAAGUCAUCGUUCUGCCCACUGAAACUCCUUUCUCGAACACUCCGCCGACAGACUACCAUCAAGGACAGCAGCAACGAAAACCACAAUCCGGCAAGAUGGUCUCCUCUCGCCUCGCUCUCCUCUUCGCAACCACUUUGCUGGCCAGCAAUGUAGCAGCACAAGAGACUUCCUCGACCUCAUCUGCGGCUCCCAGCGCUUCCACGGGCGUUCCUACCGAAGUCACUUCCUGCCACAGCCAUGCCGAUGGCUACUACUGCUUCGAAGGCGAAACCGAGUGGAAGGUGACGACCGAGAUCGCCAAUGAGGACGACGCGCCGGAAGAAUACACCGCUUGCACAGCUGGCGCCAACAGCGAUACAAUCCAAUGCAACGACGCCUCAGGCGCACAGCUUACACUCGCUCGCGAAGGUUCUGAAGCAGCAGAGGAGGACCACGAUCACGACCACAGCGGCGAAGACCAUGACCACGAUCAUGCUGAAGAAAGUGCUUCCGAGUCUGCACCUUCUGGAUCUGCUUCCGCCACCACGACUCCAUCAGCCUCUGGAGCGGCGGCUGAGACUACGCCAUCGGAGACGACUGCUGGCAACGCAGGAAACGCAGUGAUUCCUGCUGCCGGAAUGUCGCUCGCCGCGCUUUUCGCGUACUUGCUUGUUUGAAAAGGAGCUGGAAUGAGAUAAGUCCAUUCGCAUGAGCAUUCUCUUUCGCGAGACGACAGCCUAGAAAGAGCGAAAUCGGCAGUAAGGUUAUAGCAGAACAGAGCAACCCGAUGCAGAAUGCAACAAAUCGGCAAUGAUGCCAGCAAUUCUGUUCUCUAGUCCAGCCCUUGUCCAUAGUGACUUAGAACUAUCGGAAUUGAAACAUCACUCACCUUCACACUGGCUG